GGCGAUACCAAUGAUAAAAUUUCACCACCAGCAAUGAUGACACCAAUGGCAACAUCAAUGGCAAAAUCUAAGGGCAAUACUAACGACACAAACCAUACCUGGAAGGGCUACACAAAUGACACAAACCACCUGAAAGGGCUACAUGAACGAUACAAACCACCUAGAAGAGUUGUACGAAUGACACAGCUUACUACCUGCAAAGAGCCACACAAGACUACACAACAAACGCAAACUACCCGAACAAUGCUCGCCUAG